AAAAAUCUCAACUUCCUGCAUACAAGCAUACAGCCAUGGCAAACGGAGGACUUAAUAACAGUUAACAGUAAUAGUAAGAAAACAAAACAUAUGAUUUAUGAAGCGAAAGAGGGAGCUGUAGAGUUUAAUUUUUGAAAUUGUGAUUCCAAAACCCUAAACCCAUCCACACACCAAUGCAGCUCCUUCAACUUCAAUCCCUCACUCUCCCUCUACUUCCAAAACCCCUAAAUUUAAUCCCAAAACUACCCCUCAAAACCCAGAGAAACACCUUACCGGUCCUCUCAUGCUCUCCCACCGACCAAGAACUACAAGUCCUGGAAGCCGCCGUGUUGGACUCCGACGAGAAGAGCCUCCCCUGCGUGCGAACCUACGAGAACGACUCCUCUCGCCUCGCUCUCGUCGGAGCCGUCUCCUUCCACCAGGCCUUGACCGCCGCCGCUGCCGACGGCGGUCGUGCCGCCGACGAGCACCUCGACUCCGGCAUCCCCGCUAUGGUCGUCGAGACCGUGUUCCCGGCCCGCUCCGAUGACCACAGCACCGUCUCCACUCGACUGUUCUUGCCUGCUAGGAAAGUUAGCGAAAGAGCGAAAAAGCUCAGGAGGUCUAUCUCAGAAGAUAUGCUGUUGAGCACCACCUCUAGAAAUAUACUUGCCAUGACAUUUAGACAAGUAGUUUUGGAACAGCUUUGGAGCUUUGAACUGGUUGUUUUUAGACCUGGGUCAGAAAGAAAUAUGGAGGAUCUGGAAAACCCGAGAGAGCAGGUCCCUGCAUCUUUUUCUCUUAGCUCAUCAGAUGAAAGGGCUAUCGCUGUGCUUGCGGAAGCUAUUUGCAUUUCUGCUCUUCAAAGCACUGAAAGACAUUUCCUUGAUAAUAUAUGGAGCAAACCUUCAAGUAAUAUCUUCCGUUGGUUUCGAAAGCCCACAAGGAUUGCAUCAAAAGAUUCCUCAGUCAUCAUAUACGAGUUAUUUGAGGAUGAGAUAAUUGAAAAUGCUAAGACUCUGUUGGAAGAUUUUAAUUCAACAAAGGAAGGCUAUAAGCCCAAGAAAACAGAAUCAAAGCACCAUUGGUGGAUGCUGUCAGGACAGACUGAAUUGGAAAAGAUUGGUGGUCCACAGUUCAGUGCUUGGACAAGGGAAUAUGUUCCUGCUUAUAGGCUACAAAUUGACACAGAUAUACUCAAGAAUAUAAAAUUUGAUGGCUGGAAAAAAUCUACAAAUAAUCGGUGGGAAGUACUUCUCACACACUCCCAAAUGGUUAGACAUGCUUUCUUUACUUCCUUGGGUUUUAGGCUUUUAAUGGUUGGAUUGGCAGGCAUUUUAGAUCUCUACUAUGAAGAUCUUUACUCGCUGCCCAACAAACAACUAUCAUGUGGUGUGGUUGCAAAUUUUGCAAACUUGUCCAACAAAAAGAGGAGCUCUUCUUGGUUGAAAAUGAUGUCUGUUAGCCUUGCGAGUGGAGUUUUUCUGGUUAUAAUCAGUGCUCUUGGUCAACUUGGUUUGCCUCAUCUAAGCAAAGGAGGAAGGUACCCUGUAGAACAUAGGCCUCUUCCAUCAUCUGAAGUUGACUGUGCACUAAUCCAAUCUCUGGAUGCGAGAGAGUUGGAAGAAUUCGGCGUCUCAAUUGUCAAAAAGAUAAAAGAUGCUUUUGGUUGGGCCGGUGAUAUAAGGACUGAAACAAGAAUUGGUGCUUGGACUGGGGAAUUACCGUCCUACCUGAGGAUGGUUGGUGAAGCCGAUUCCAAUAUUGAAGGCAUUUCAACUGCCCCUUCAGAGAAAAUUGACACAGACAUGAGAAUUUCUGCCCAUGAUAUUGCUAGUUAUCAGGUGGUUUUGUCAACUGAUGGAAAGUUAGUUGGGUUCCAACCUACAAGCCGGGUUGCUGUUAAUCGUUGGGCUGCUAAUCCCUUAGCAAAGGAGUUGUAUGGUGGAAGAAAGCUCUCCCCUGGUUUUAUUGAACCUGGUCUCAAGUUCCAUCAUCCCAGUGAGCUAGUUGUAAUGGAGUUGCUGAUGUCGGAAAAUCCAGAUGCCUGUUUUGCUUUGGCCAGGCCUUUUCGAUGAUCAUUGCCUAGUUGUUAUAUGCGAAAACUACUGCCUGUUGCUUGUCAUUCUACCCCCAUAGGGUUUAACCCCAUUAUACUGGAAAUUCAUAUGUUAGAUUCUAUCGCCACAGGAAAUAUUUUGUUUGAAUAUCCAAAUACCAUUCUAGCCUUUCUAGGUGUUAGCGUCAUUAGCCCUGAGAUUUGAAGGAAUUGUUGGAAGAUGAGUCUAAAUUAUUAUAGGAAAGAAGGGGAUGAUCUUUCCUCUAAACAAUUUCUUGUUGAUAGAAUAUAUUGAUUGCAGAGAAAGCAAGAAUGCUACUUAGGGUAA